AUGAUCAUGGCUUCAAACGACCUCGUCCCUCUCCGACCCAAGCAAAAGCGCCGUCUCUAUGAGCCUAUCAUCAUGUACAAGGCCCUCACUGACAUCACCCACGCAGAGGGUGCCCUCAGGCACCCUGAAGUUUCUGAGGGCCCCAUGAAUGAAGAAAAGAAGUACCAUUACUUCCUCAACAGACUCGCUAGUAUCUGCGACAGUACCAAGGGCGGCAAGACCGUGACGUCCAUCACCAUCCUCGAUGGGGAAGACAAGUUCACAUAUGCCUUUGGCUGCAACCAGGUCAAUACUAGUGACUUGGUUGAGGCUCGCGAUUUCUUAACUGCACUUCUGAAAAAGCUCUCUGGAGCUCAUGGGCUUGGCCAGGAGGAGAAACGUUUUAUUGAGAAGGAUGUUUUGAAGAUGAUACUUACUUUCAACUCGCCAAGAAUCAGUUGCUAUCUUGGGGAGUUGAAGAAGAGCAUUGAUCAAUGUCUAGAGUAUUGCAGACGGCAGACCAGCGCGGAUGCAACUUCUAUUGGUGAUGCUCUGACAACUCUUGACAGAGGUAUCAAGGACAUCACGUUCAAAGGGUUAGAUGAAAAGCAAUGCCAAGAGGCAUACAAGGACAUCUUCCAAGCCAUCAAAGGCUUUCUGACAGAGAAUGUCAAAGUAUACAUGGGAGAACGCGCCGCCACACAAGGUCGCUUCAAUGACGGGCGAAGUUCCGAAUGCUGGACCGACCUGCGACACAGUCUAUCCCGGCUUCAGAACUACAAAAGAACCGCACAGGACCUUAUAGAAGCAGAGAGCGAAUGGUCAGAGCUCUUCCAGGAGUUCGUCGUUGUUCCCAUUGAAUCAAGCCUCAAAGAUCCGAAUCCGCUUGGUAGGAAAAGCGAAAGCGCUGAUGCCAUCAUUGGACGAAUGUGCGGUGAUGAAGCUUCGCAGCAGAGGUAUCGCACGCUUGCUCAGAACUUGCAGGGCAUGGCUCUCGAUGACCGUAUAAAGAAGCGGAACACACCCUCUUUUAGGCCUAUCGUACACGCUGAGAUCUUGGUUCUCGAAUGGGUGAUGGCCAAGUCACGACAACGCCCUGUCAAAUUCUUCCGCGACUGGAAAUACAUUGGGAGUAGCAAAGGCGCAUGUCAACUCUGUCGCUAUUACUUCGACACACCAGGCCAGCACGAUGGUAUAGAGACGCGACCGAGUCAUGGCAACCUGUACAUGAGCUGGCGGUUUCCUGACCUUUAUGAGUCCGACGGCUCUCUUGGAAAGACCCGACGACAGACCAUCUUCAAUUAUGUGAUAGAAAAGAUCCGUGUAGAGGCGCAGAGUAUUCUAGUGAGUAGGAACUCGGAGGGCAGAAGGCACGACUCUAGCACCCAUCCUCUUUCGGUACGGGAUACUGACGCACAGACAGAGCUGAGGGCUCCGAGUCUGGCUGAUAUCGAUGAGUUGGAGCAGGAGUUUGCUGAGGGGCUGAGUCUGGAUUCUCCAGACAACAGCUUCGAGGAGUCCAACCCCGGUGAUGAUGACGAUGAUGAUGGGGGAACGAGUCUUAGGUGA